ACGUGGCUUUAGAGCCACUCAAUCAGAGGAGAGGAAAUUUUUCUCUCUUUUGCGAAACUGAAACUGCCUCUGCUUCUUAAAGUGCAAUACCCAAAACACCCUUCUGUUGGGCAGUGAUUGGUCCGCUCCACCACCUGUCUUUGCGGCAAGAUUCUCUCUAGUAGAUACACACUCAGUUGAGCCAUUUGGCAAAUUUUUAUUGGGUGAAGGAUUAAAAGCAGCAAACUCAUUCUCUCUCCUCAUGUGCAUAUUUUCUAUGCCUCUCUUACCAUCUUCUUCGGUUCCUCUAAUCAUAGACUUCGCUGAUCUCUUCGACCAAAGCAGAAGAUAGAGCCAUAGAGGGAUAUGACUACUUGGACGACAACUCUGAGAACAUGACGAAGAAGAAGAAGAAGAAGAAGAAGAAAUUAGAAUACAGGAGAAGUUGAGACGGUGGGUGGAUGUGGUUGUUGAAGAUUUACUUCAUUUAUGGAGCUCAGAGAUGGACAAAUAAAAGGACAACAGGUAAAUAGAAAAGACACAAAAGGGUAAAACAGGUAUGGAAAAUAUGGCCGAGUGUGUUGCUGCGGAAAAUUCAACUAGGUAAUAAUUAGCUGCUACUGACUACUUCAAUUUCUGAAACUGUAAGACUAUAUAUGAGCAUGAACAUUAAGAGCUUGAGAUCCUCCAAGACCAGAGAGAAUUAGAUUUUUUUUUUCGAAGAAGAAUCUGUGGCAAAAUGUAUGUGACAAGACCUCUCUCAUUGUACAAAAAGUCUCCUGCUGAUCUUUCAUUGCCUCCUCCUGAAGGUCCAAAUUCUGGUAUUCUUGUUAUCCAAGAUGAAGAACCCAAGUGCUGUAUGAAUUUGUUCAAGAGUGAUAUGAUUAAAGACCUGCCUCUCCCUCAGAACAGAAGUCUAGAGCUUUACUAUGCACAAGGGUUUUAUCCAAUGAGAGAACUUCAUUUUUUCAAAGUUCUAUUCAUCCCAGUUCUCAAUCAGCCCCUGUCUUCCAAUCAGUACUACGCAAUAUAUCCAUUUGGGAAGGAUAGAGGGGAAGGGUACACAAGCUCAAAAGAGGAUGAAACAGACAUGGACCCAUGUUGCUUCAGCAGCUGUUCUAAUGAUGUAAAGCCGCAACGUUUUGAUCCCAAAAACCUGUACCAGCAAUAUCAGAUUGAUCUUCACAGAAAAAUUGUGAACAUUUCUGGUGGGUUUGUGGCUAAUUCUAUGGCUAAAGAUGGUUGUCCCCCAGAUGCAUUGUGGAGAAGAGGGUGGAAACUCACUUGCUCAACGGCACAUGAGUUCGAACUAGGUGAUGCACCAGGCCUAGACACUACUCUCCGCGCCCAACUUCCUGGUUUUGAUUUCCCAUUGAAUAAUGUGGUUGUAGGGAAGUGGUAUUGUCCAUUCAUGUUUGUCAAGGAAGGCACACCGAAACCGUCGAGAACAAUAUACUAUGAGAUGACACUUGAGCAAAGAUGGGAACAAAUAUUUGUGAAGGAGCGUAGUAAGGAACAUGAUAUAGGCAAUGCUGUGAAUGUGGAUGUUGUUGUGCAAAGUGAGGUGGUUGUGGUUGUGCUUGGAGGGAGGGAAGGUGUUUGUGAUGAGAAACAAGUGGAUGAUGAUGGGGUGGUGUGGUUUAAGAGUGUCAACAAUGUGGAUGAAGAGAGAAGGGUCGGGGUGAGCUUAGCGAUUGUUGAGAGGAUGAAGUGGGAGCAAGAAAGGGUUGGGUGGGUUGGGGGAGAUGAAGGCAAAGUGAGAGUGGAGAGAGUUGAGGAAUAUGGAGGGAUGGGUGAGUGGAAGAAGUUUGGUUGUUUUGUAUUGGUUGAGAGGUUUGUGUUGAAAAGAAUGAAUGGGAGCUUGUUAGUUAGCCAUGAGUUCAAGCACACUCAUCAGAUUAAGUGUAAAUGGGAAUGAUAGAUUAUGUAGCUUGUCAAUUGGUAUAAUCUCAAUCUGGGAAAAUUUGUUCUGCAUGUAUUUGUUUAUAUGUGGGCUUAUUCCACAAACUUGAAUCAAUGAUAAGUUUUGCAAAUUGGGCUUU